GCGUGGCUCAUGUCCAAAAUGGCGAGACUUAUUUACAAAUUGCAGACCAUAUCAUCGUUAAGUUCCAGUAGAUGCUUCUCUAGCUCUAGCCUACAAGCUAAUAAAGUUGCUGUGGUCUUAUCAGGAAGUGGUGUUUACGAUGGCUCUGAGAUUCAUGAAGCAUCAGCUUGUUUGGUUCAUCUCAGUCGCCAUGGUGCUCAGGUGAGUAUUUUUGCUCCAGAUAAGCCUCAGCUUCAUGUCAGUAAUCACGUGAAAGGAGAAGUUAUGGAAGGAGAGACAAGAAAUGUUCUGGUUGAGUCUGCACGCAUUGCAAGAGGUGCAAUAUCUUCACUCUCAGAGCUAAAGGCAGAUUCAUUUGAUGCCGUUGUUUUCCCUGGUGGCUUUGGAGCUGCUAAGAACCUAUCUUCAUUUGCUGUUGAUGGUGAUAAAAUGAGUGUUGAUGGAGAAGUAGAGAGAGUUAUACAGGAUUUCAAAAAGUCUAAAAAGCCAAUGGGAUUUUGCUGCAUUUCUCCUGUUCUUGCUGCUAAAAUUAUUCCUGGGGUGCAAGUGACAGUUGGUCAAGACUCUGAGCAAGAUGGCAAGUGGCCUUAUUCAGGGACAGCAGGUGCUAUACAAGUAAUGGGAGGACAACACAUUAACAGAGAAAUCAAUGAGAUACAUAUUGAUUCAAAGGAGAAUGUUGUUACUACUCCAGCUUUUAUGUGCAAUGCUCCAGUUCAUGAGGUCUAUGAUGGAAUAGGAAACUUGAUAUCUACUCUUGUUAAGAUGACCAAAUCCAGUUAAUAUAGUCCAAAUCAAAUUCAUUGUUUAUUGACUAAUAAUUAAAUUAUUUAGCUAUGUAGUAAUAGUAUCUUGUUAUAGGCAUAUUUUAUAGGGCAAAAAUUAUAUUCCAU